AUGUCGUCCAUGAGCCAAAGCCCAGCAGGAGCCUCCCGCUCACGAGGCCGCCGCAGCCGCGGUCGCGGCAAGUCCCAGGCCAAGACUGCCCAGCUGUCUGACCAGUACGAGAGCACUGAGGAGGAUAUGGCGCCUGAGCCUCCCCAGCAGCGUCGUCGCCAGCAGCAACAGCAAAUGCAGCAGCAAGGCGGCGGGGGUGGCCCUCUCGGAGGCGUGACUGAUGGCCUUCUCGGCGGCGGCGCUGGUCAGAGUGCCCAGGGUCUCGUUAGCGGUGCUACCGGCGCCCUCGGCGGCGUCACUGGCGGCGCCCUUCAGCAGCAGGGCGGCGGCGGUGACAGCGGCAAGAGCGACACGCUCCGUCUUCGUCUCGAUCUCAACCUCGAGGUCGAGGUUACACUUAAGGCCAGAAUCCACGGUGAUCUGGAACUUGCUUUGCUGUAA